CAAAAGGUUGGCAAACAGUCAGUCACUGCAGCCAACUCACUUGUAAGCAGCAAAGAUCUCACUGCUGGACUUGUAUGAAUACCGGUAAGCAGCAGAAGCCAGUUCUCACAGGUCAGCGGUUUAAGACCAGGAAAAGGGAUGAAAAGGAGAAGUUUGAGCCAACAGUUUUUCGAGACACAAUUGUCGUGGGCCUCAAUGAAGCAGGCAGUGACCUGGAUGCUGUAGCCAAGUUCCUUGAUGUCACAGGGUCCAGACUUGACUACAGGCGCUAUGCAGACACGCUGUUUGACAUCCUCAUCGCAGGAAGCAUGCUUGCUCCUGGUGGGACACGUAUUGAUGAGGGCGACAAGACCAAGGUGACAGAAUACUGUGUGUUCACCACUGAGGAAAGCCAUGCUGCUCUACGCCUAUAUGCUCAGGUUUUCAACAAGCUUAUCAGAAGAUACAAAUAUUUAGAGAAGGCCUUUGAGGAGGAAAUCAAAAAGCUGCUGCUCUUCUUGAAAGCUUUCAGUGAAUCAGAGCAGACCAAGAUGGCCAUGCUGACGGGCAUCCUGCUGUCCAGCAGCACACUGCCACCUUCCAUCAUCACCAGCCUCUUCAAUGACAGUGUGGUUAAAGAAGGGAUUUCUGCAUUGUUUGCAGUGAAGAUGUUCAAGGCAUGGAUCGCAGAGAAAGAUGCUAAUUCAGUUACCUCCUCUCUGAGGAAGGCAAACCUGGAUAAAAGACUUUUGGAGCUGUUUCCUGCCAACAAACAAAAUGUGGAACAUUUCUCUAAGUACUUCAAUGAAGCUGGGCUCAAGGAGCUGUCUGACUUCCUGCGUGUGCAGCAGAGCCUGGGGACCCGCAAAGAGCUGCAGAAAGAGCUGCAGGAACGCUUGUCCCAGCAGUGUCCCAUCAGAGAGAUGGUGGUGUAUGUGAAGGAGGAGAUGAAAAGGAACCAGCUGCAGGAGCAGGCUGUGAUUGGCUUGCUGUGGACGUGCCUGAUGAAUGCUGUGGAGUGGAACAAGAAGGAGGAACUGGUCACAGAGCAGGCACUUAAACAUCUCAAACACUAUGCUCCUCUGCUGGCUGUGUUCAGCACUCAGGGUCAGUCUGAACUGGUGCUGCUGCUCAAGAUCCAGGAGUACUGCUACGACAACAUCCACUUCAUGAAGUCUUUCUCUAAGAUAGUUGUGCUCUUCUACAAAGCUGAUGUCCUGAGUGAAGAGGCCAUCUUAAAGUGGUACAAAGAUGCUCAUGCUGCCAAAGGGAAGAGUGUCUUCCUGGAACAGAUGAAGAAGUUUGUUGAGUGGCUCCAGAAUGCUGAAGAAGAGUCAGAGUCAGAGGGGGAAGAAUCCUAGAGAGGAGCUGAAGCAGGUUCCUGUAGUUUGCUUCCUGUGUCCUGGAUGACAGCACAGCAGCUAGAUAACUUGUGUAGGUUCCACCUGAGCUGAUAACAGCGAUAACCAACAAGUCUGAACUCUGGACCAGGUGUCGGUCUCGUAUAGACAUCCACAGCGCCGUCAUCCACCUCAGCACAGACUCCACCUGUAGCACUCACCAGGAAUAGUGACAUUACCUGUCUGUACUAGAAAUUACAUUGUUUAGUGCAUUUUGUUGCACACAGUGCAUUUGGCAAUGCUCUCACAUUUUUAUGAAUAAACAAAUUUUAUAUGUG